AAUUCAUUCUCCAGCCGUGACGAAGACUAUAGUCAUUUCCUACCGGAUGCACCAGUACACGUAUGUUCUGACGGUAGUUCGACAUACGCAGCAUAUUCUAUAUUUAAAAGUUCCUGCAAUAUUCACAUCGAAUUGUACCCAUACGAUAAUCAAACAUGCAACCUACGAUUUGGGUCUUGGAAUCAUGACAUAUUUGAGCUCGACGUUAAUCCACAGCUUCGUGUAUUGGAUCAAAAAGAAUUCUUCAAUUAUAACGGAGUGUGGAAUCUUGAGGAUGUCGAUGCAUGGCGUGAAAUUGAGGAAUACAAUACUGAAUCCAACCCGUAUGUGUAUGCUGUCUUCUCUGUGCAUCUAAAGCGACGUCACGAGUUUCAGUGGAGAUUUAUUUUUAUUCCUUAUUAUUUCUGUUCUUACCUUACAUGCUUAGUGUUCUUUAUUCCUGUUGAGAGUGGUGAGAAACUCACGUAUGGAAUCACAUCUGUACUAGCAAUGAUAAUAUUUCAGCAAAUCAUUGCGUUAUCUCUGCCGCCGGUUGGAAACGAGUCAUCUGUUUUUGGAAAGUACUUUAAUGCGGUAAUCGGUGUUGGAAGCAUAUCGAUGUUUUUGGAAAUUCUGAUUUGUAAUAUAUAUAGGCGAGGGAGUGUGUAUAAGGUAUGCUUGAAACUUACAAACUACAUGCGCACUAAAAAGGGCGCGUUAUGUAAGUGUAGUAGACAAACAAAAGCGGAUGAAACAUGCAGCCCGGAAGAUGGAACUGGUGUGGAAAAGAAAGAAGACUCCGAACAAAUACAAGAUGAAGAACAACAAGAAGAACAAGCACGCACAACAGCAGCAGUGGCAUCAAAUGACAGGGACAAAAAUAAAAAGGAACAACAAGACAAACAAACACAAACAAUAAAUGAAACAAAACUACAAGCAAUCUGUGAUUAUGUUGAUUUCACACUUGGAUUUCUGUUUUUUAUAUUGUUGCUGGUAUUAACGAUAUAUUUCAAUGUGACAUUAUAAAUGACACAUAAUUUGAAAAUAUCAUUGCAAUGUUUAUUUGUUAAUUCUCUAUUCUUUCAUGAUUGAAAAUGUCAUGUCAUUUUGCAUUUAUUAUUAUUUUGUUUUCUCUCUUCUUUAUUAUCCAAAAUAAAAUAUAUAUAUAUUUUUUAACAUUUACACAACGAAUAUUUGCAUUUAUUAUGAGCAUCAUUGUGAUUGUGAUAAAGCUACAUGGUGAAUUAUGAUUAAUUAUGUAAAUAACCCUCACGUAUUAAUGAAAAUAAAUGUUUAUCUCUAUUUGUGUUCAGAUAAAAACAAUUAAAUAUCAAAAUCUAAUACAAUAUCUAAACAGUGUAUAUUUGAUAUAGAUACGAUAGGAUAGAUCUUUAUUGUCGAAACGGUAUAAUACACAAUUAUGAGGUAUUAGUAAACAUAUUUGAUGUAUGUUUAUUAAAUAUUUGCAAAAACAAAACAAAGCAUUGUAUAAUAUUUUAAAUAACCAAGUGCCUACAGGUAAUAUCUAUGAUAGUGAAUAUUGUAACUACAAACAAAUUAUAACAAAUUUGCAUAUCUAAAAAAGCAUCGAAAUACUGUCCUCCACCGAUGAUACGAUCAUCGCGCAUGGUUUUUAUAAUAUAGGAUAAUAGAAGUGUUUUUUAGUAGGUUAAUAGCUUAUACGCAGUGAUUGUCUGAUUGGUUCAAAUACAUAAAAUACAAUUACAACAUGAACAAAACGAAAAAGAAUAAUGAUCCCAUAAAAUACAACAAUAAAAACAUAUCAAAAAACAGAUGACGUCACGCAAGGGAAGAAAGAGAACGAAUUGAACCAAGGAUAAUUAAAUAAAGUUUCCAUCUAAGUCAUUUUGAACAUUUAACUGAGGCAGCUCAGACAUCAUUAUUCCAAAUUAAAUAUUAUUUGAAGAUGAUGAAAUAGUACAUUUUACACUGCAUUCAAAAAAUAUUCUUUAACUUUGUGUUUAUAGCUUAGUAGCGGUUCUGGCUUUAAUGGAAUCUGGGAGAGAUUCCAUUUUUUUUAUUCCGUUACAAUAAAAAAUGCAUUACCCUAUAACAUUUAGGAGAGGAUUCACUAGAUCUUAUUUCAUAUUUAUGAGCCAUACUUAGUUUGACGAAAAGGGAAUACAUAUGGAAUGGAAUUUCCGUAUUGUUCUCCAACAUGUCACCGGUUACCUUUCCCUAAAAUACAUCUCACAGCUUUAUUCUGUGCUGUUUGUAAAUUAUUUUUAAGUUCCUUGGCAAGUCCAUCAAACCAUGAAGUAGAUAGUCAUGAUGACUUUGGUUAAGAGCGUUACACAGAAUUUUCUAGUCUGAUUGUUUAAGCAUUAUAUAUUACGAUAAAGAAAUGUAAAAUCUCGAGUUAAUUUUGUUAAUUGUGCUUUGCUUUAAUGAUGUUCCACUUAAAGUAUUGUGAAGGAGACAACCAAGGUAUUUGACAUACGGUUUAUGAACGACUGGAUUGGAUUGGAUUGGAUUUUUUCAGUGUAAACACCAAGGAUAGCCACGAAAGUCUAGAAGAAUUUCCAGUGGGGUCCUUCUGGUGGUGAUUGGACAGUACACCGGGAGACAACCCCUA